GUUCACCUUCCGGUGAUCGUGCUUCUAAAUGGUUCUCACCAUGCAUCGUGCAAGUCCAUCCGCAGGUGGCAACAGAGCACCUGUCACUUGACACGUGCUGCAUGCGCCAGCUGAUGCGCUAUCCGGUCACCACUGAUAUUACAAACAGAGUCCCUUUAAACUGAUUACCCAGGGUGCCAUGCGUGGUCCCUUUUGCAGUGGAUAGCGGGAGUUUGCUGGUGACAGACAGAAGCACUAAAUGUUUAAAUAGUUCGCGCAACAUCCUCGUAUCUGCGGAUAGACUUACCAUGAACCGCGGCGGAUUCGGGCGGACGUCAUUGUGAGGCGUUUUGAGAUUAUCUCUCCCCCACUCCAUGGCUAUGGAGUAAAGCAUUGAUUUGCCUUCUAGUAGGAAGAACGGCGGUCGCUGAUCGGGGAGUUCUCGCUAGUGUUGCUCCGUUGUCAGCGCUAGAUGGAGCCACUGCCGCAGCCAGUCAGACGGAGGGACGGCGGGUAAUAGAUUGCCGUUCCCGUUGUGUGAGCCACCGAUACCACUGGACAUCUUAAAUUAACUCCAACACACACCGGAUCAGCCCUAAAACCAGAGAUGCCAUCGUACUACCGCGAGAUGCGCGGAAUGACAAAAAAGAUCGGAAUAGUCACACAUCGCAAUUAGAGCCAAUGGAAAAACUAGCUUAACGUGUGGAUUUGUUCACAAGAUCAGCGGUGAACGUGCGGGGGAGCGAUUUUAUUGGCUGCUCGAUAGGGGUAAAUGGAAGAGCGUGUGAUGGAGGUUUUACCUCUGUGUGGCUACUGUAGCUAAGUGUCCCGAUUAUGCAUUCAAUGGUGUACAGGAGAGUCAUUGAGAGUCGGUGGGGAACCGUUGGUCUGACGGCCGCCACGGUGAUGACGUAGAAGCCCCGGAGGAGUAGAGGGACAAGCCGUUCCUCCAGGGAAACAACCUCUACCAAGGGAGCGUGUCACAACAUCUCAGCACACUCUAGGAUGGAAUGAUAUGGCCUAGAUUUCCUGAAGGAUAUUGCCUCCGCUCUUUCUGGAAAUGGGAACGCUGAAGGCUGUCUUGUUAGUCUUGACAUUUCUGAAGCAGCGAUACCGCUGUCCGCGCGAUAGUGCGGAGAGAUCUCUGCAAUCUGCCACUAUCAGCUUCAUGUAUAUGAAAUGGCAACUGGACGCGAGCAGUUACAAUGGAUAGAUUUACCUUCGGAUUAUCAGCUUAAUACCCCGUGUUUUGUGUACUGUGAGCUAUCGUGAUGUGAUUGUCAUAGCUCCAUAUCGCUGAAUAUGUAUGCCCUUCUGAGGCAGCAGCCCUUCUCAUGAAUAGACGGUGUAGUUGUACAAUGAAGUAGUUGCAUGUCGUCCACCCGGUUGUAGACAUCCAGGGGGCACGCCGUGGGGUGUAAGAGGAACGUGCAAUCAAGACAAGCUAUGCUGACGUGUUUCCAUCGGUUUGGAGGACAAUGCAUUGGAUCAUAGUCUGCAGUAUCUGGUCGGUCACCUCAGCGUUCAGUGGGCCACAGCAACCAGUUAUCAACAUAGGUGCCGUCUUCGAUACGGUUGAAUACGACAACUUCAAGAAGGUGUUUUAUGCAGCCGUCGACGACUUCAAUAACUCCAGUCAAAAGAUCCACAUAUUCGGAGACGCUGUGACCGCCCAGAUGGGUCUCCGUGACACCAUUAGCCUGACCUGCAGUAUGCUGGAACAGAAAAGCAUUCAUUUGUUCUUGGUGUUUGGCAAUGCGAGUACAAUACACUCCAUUAAUAACAUCGCACAGUACUUGGGGAUACCCGUCAUGGGAUACAUGACGGAUAUGAGGGAAAAGCACGUCAAGAUUCACAGCAGUCUCUACCUGAACCUGCUGCCGUCCAAGACCCACCUGGCCUCGGGCCUUGUCAAGAUGAUGCAAGUGAACUACUGGUACCGGUUCACCUUCCUCUUGGAAUCAGACCUCGCCGACGACGGAUUCUAUACUGUGCUGAGGGAGAAGACUCAAGAGAAGAAGUGGCAUGUGGAGGUGUAUAGGAUGUCGCCAGCCCGGAACACGAGCAGGCAAAUAGAAAACUUCUUGUCAUCACUUCGAGGCAAUACGUCAAGGAUAUUUGUGCUUCACACAGGCAUUGUGCUUGCCGGGAGGAUAUUUCGCGCAGCUAGGAAGCUGUCGUUAGGUGAGCAAGAAUUCGCAUGGAUUAUUACGGAGAAUGCAUACACACUGGAUGAUGACAUCAUUCGGAGCUACCCGCCCGGAGCUUUAGCUUUCCUUAUGAAUAACGAGUUCUGCAUGAGCGAAUUACUCCAGGAUAGCAUUUCAUUCAUUGGUACGGCGUUCGAGGAACAUACCCAUGUAAUCAAGGAGCACACUCAGAGACAGAAGCAUGGAUGCUAUCCUAAGCGUAUUCCUAAGGAAAGAUUUCACCAUAACCCUGUAUAUAGAGCGCUGCAUGAAACUGCAAUAUAUGGCAAGACGGGUGCCCUUCAGUUUGACAUAGAUGGCAACUUAAAGACUAUCAAAUUACGUGUGAGGAAUCUUGUGUUCGAUGGGAAAAACAACGUGUGGCGGGAUAUCGGGUGUGUUCAAGGUGACGACAUCCGCUCUUUCGGCAUCAUCUGGCCAGGGGAGGCUAAUUUAAUCAGUUCCCAACCGCCGGUUAAAAAGAAGUAUCGGGUAGUUACCAACCCUGUACAACCCUUCGUUAUGCAAGAGAAACCACACGCCGAUUACAGCGCAUGUCUGACUGAUACAACAUGUCUGAACAUCACCUCCAAGAACAAGUCCAUGGCUAUGGCUGCCAUUGAGGAUUAUGAGAGGGGGGUCAUGAACGAGAAUAACACCUACACUGUCCACUGCUGUCGAGGACUGACCAUUGACCUCCUCAACAAACUGGCCAGUGAUUUGGACUUUGAUUUCACUUUGUACAUUGUCCAGGACGAAACAUACGGGCGGAAGACGAACGGCACUUGGAACGGCAUGAUGUGGGAUCUCGUUGAAGGCACGGCUCAUUUUGCCGUUGGGGCUUUCAGUAUUACUCGAGCAAGAACAGAAGCGAUUGACUUCACAGAUCCAUACUUCUUCUCCGGUUUUUCCAUCUUGUACUCCGAGAGAACACGGGAAACAAACAUGGAUGCGUUUCUGGAGCCUUUUUCAAUUGAUGUGUGGUUUGCUAUUUUUGUUAGUGCAACGUUGACUGCCAUAGCUAUGGGUAUUUUUGAGUGGAAUAGUCCGUUUGGGUUGAACCCUUGGGGACGGAAGAGGAAGGCUAACUAUACCUUAGCCUCGGGUCUGACCAUGGUGUACUCUGUUUUGUUUGGCCACACGGUGAAGACGAAAUCCCCCAAGGCGUGGCCGAGUAAGGUGAUGCAGAAUUUCUGGGCAUUUGCAGCUAUCUUCAUCAUUGCCAGCUACACUGCCAACCUCGCCGCCUUCAUCGCGGGCAAACACGCGGGGAUACACUACAACGAUAUCAGCGACGUCAGGUUGCAGUCUAUACGGGUGGGAGUGUUACGGGGCAGUGCUGUGGAAGAAUUCCUCAAGAAGAUCCAGAGCAAGCUAGUUGAGGUCUCCAGUAACUACCCGGUGUCCAAGACUGACCGGGGGAUUGAGGAGGUGCUGGAGGGAAAACUGGACGCCUAUUUAGGGGACUACCCAAUACUUGACUAUGCAAGGGCUCAUUUGGCCCCUAACUGUGAGUUGAAGCUCCUAUCUCAAAUCUUCGGAGAUGAUCGAUAUGGAAUAGGGCUUCCAAAGGGUUCUCCGCUAAAGGUGGCGCUGUCUAGGAAGAUUAUGGAUUACCAUCAGAAUGGCUACAUCGACGACCUCAUCGAUGUGCACUUCGCCGACGCUCAGUGUUUCAAACAGCGAAUAACACAGGAGGAAUCUCGUCUGGAGGUGCAACAUCACGCGGGACUUUUCGUGAUGAUGAGCGUGGGGAUUAUCAUUGGGAUUAUCGUGUGCUUCGUGGAGCAUGCUGUGUACAAAUGGCUAGUGCCUCGUUUCCGAGCCUCACCCGGCGACAGUCAGUGGAAGAGCUCCCAUAUGCUGUUCUUCAGUCAGCGUCUCCAUAGAGCAGUGACGAGUGCGGAACUGAUUUCUGCGCAUGACUCGGCCAAAGAGAUGAUCUGCAUUGUGCGGAAUCGGGAGUUUGCCCGGCUUUUUCAGAAAAGUACCAUUCGGAAAAACAAACUUGCUGACAUGGCAAAAACGAAGCGGAUAAAUCGGAACUUUUACGACAUCGUUGCCAAAGCUAAAUGCGGAGAACGGACCAGGAUGCAGGAGAUGAAAGACAACAAUUUGAUGGAUGAUUCAGGCAACGCCGAUUCAGAAAUCAUCGAGAUCCCCCUGAAGGACCUCAGUAUUAAUAUCGAGCGGCAGCCGCCCAAAGCCGAGGACCGACCUACUCCGCCCAUCCCGUCGUCCGCGGGCAACCACGAGGAAGAGGAGGAGGAGGAAGAGGAGGAGGAGGACAUGAGCCACUCCCAGGAGUGUUUGUUGUCCGAGGCCAGUAGGGACCGGUCGGAACCCGGAUGUUCAGAUUCCUAUUAUAAAGGAACGGAUGACACGAACUCGUCGAUCCCUUCAUUGGACGGAGCUUUCUGUGAUGACUCUUUAUGUGAUCCGAACGAACCUCCCAAUAACAAUAACACGCAGACCUACGCCGCCUGCGCGCAGAGGAGUCCGCCAUUAUUACCGAACUGCGUGCGGCUUGACUCGCUUCCUAACGGACACCUGGUGUCAGGUGACGAAGACUCUCCCUCCACUGAUAACUUUGCAAACAACCGACUAGAAAAUCAAAGCAAACUGUUCAAAGCGUUGACUGAUGACAGUCAUAAUUAUAUGUCUUCCAUGUACAGUAAGUCCCUCUUACCUAAGACUAACAACAUGGUUCGAUCCUUACUCCACAAAACCCAGUCAUACCAGGAUCAUCUGUGUUCUGCGGACGACUCCCUGCCCGGGAUUUUCUGUAUAGAGAAGAUAUCUAAGGAGGAACUGCUGGUGAUGUGGAAGACAUCAGAGAUAGAACUCAACAAACGCUUAGAGCAAGCCUUGAAAGAGAAGGCAAGACUUGAAAGGAAGUUAGCACAAUUACAAAAACAUUCACCGGUAUGAAAGUUGUUUAUAAUGUUUUUGGCUCAAAUUAUCCGCUGGAAUGACUUGUGGGCGCCUGUCGUGGUCAUUCAGAGGCUGGUGUGGGGCCUCCUUGACCGUGUACUGGUCGUGGGGCGUCUGUGUGGUCAGUAAACGGGCUGUUUUGGCCAUGCACUGGCUUGUGAGGCGCCUGUCCUAGGCAUGUACUAGCUUAUCAGGCGCCUGACUGGACAAUGCACUGGCUUGUGAGGUACCUGUUUGGCCCAUGCACUAGUUUGUGAGGUACCUGUCUGGGCCAUGCACUGGUUUCUGGGGCGAGUGUCUUGACCAUGUACUAGGCACCCAGAUCUGUGUUGCCUCGGUUACCUGGGCGUGGUCAGCUGAUUCCUCUUCCUGUGAGUGUUGCAAUAGUCACCGGACGGAUCUGUCUUUCGAUACUGCGUCAAUCUCUGCUGCCACCUCAGCUGUUGUGUGUUAAUCAGGAGAUCUGUGUGAUUGGGGAGCAGGUGCGAGAACAGACUGACACUAUAUAUGUCUGAAGGAAAAGCUUUCGGAUAUCUGAAACAGGAUCUUGCAGAUAGAGAAUUAUCCUGUGUCCUGACGAACAAGAUUUAUUUUGCUGAUUUUUUGUGUGCGUAAUCUCCAACACAGAGAAAUAUUUGCGGGUAGUGUGCAACCACUGUACAUUAUGUAUAAUAUUUAUUGACUACAAAUCUACAGAUAUUCUUUUAUAAUUCCAGUACAUAUAAGAUUUAUCACAUGACAGACCCUGGAGAGUAUCUUCACUAUCAUUUUGAGAAUUUACGUGUAUUUCAAUUUUGCCUUGAGAGGUUGUAGGUAUAAUUCUAUUGUGACUUGCUUGAGAUCCAUCUGUCUUCACUGUCGUUUCCAUUGCACUUUAGCCCCAACCUCUAAUGGACGGACGCACAAGCCUCCAGACCGACGGACAAGCAGACACAUAAGUCCUUCUACUCGCCUUCCGUUUCAUGUAUAUGCUAUAUAUUCCAAGUUAUUUGUUUGUACAUACAAGCUGGUGUUCAUUCAGACUGCUUUUGUGCUGCACGUGCCGCACGUGCUAGAAACGCUCCUCUACGACUGCUUCAACAAAGUGUAAAUUAUGUAUAAAUACCUCAGAUUAUUCACUGUAAUGUCCAGACGAAUAUCUGAAUCUUAACAUAGACCUCCCUGUACAGAUAGCCGCCUUUCAAUUGGUCAUAUAUGUCAUUCUGAUGUCUUGUUAUCCAGAGGAUGUCCCCUCGAGUUAUACCCACUGUUCCUGUUAGUAAAUCCUAUUUAUCAUGCACGUUAGAAAGUCAAGAAAUAUGUCUCUUCAUUCGACAGUUACACUUUAUGGAAGAGAACUAUUCUUUAACCAGUGCCUGUUUCUCGACACAUUUCUAAAUGUGCUAUAUUUGUCAGAUUUACUACUGGACUAAAUGUGCAUAUAUUGUAUACAUAUCCGCAGUUGUGCAUCGUGAAUCAGAUAGAUUACAUGUACUGGGCUAUUGUGUGUUCCAUGCCUCUAUCUACAGUUAGCUUUAUAUCACUCAAUUCCUCCCUCAAAGCAACAACGAAUGCUACAGCUGUUCUAUCAGUUGCAUACCGGCGCAUGGAGACCAAGAAAGCAUCAUUCAUCGUUCCCGAUCUGCGUCAGCCUCGUUCUCGAUCUGCGUCAGCCUCGUUCUGGUCUACAUGUUUGUCUUCCUAUUCUGUAGUUCCACCAAGUUGUGUUGCUUGUGACUACAGAGUUAUCUCCCUUUUUUAAUAAGACUGUUCUUGUAAGACUGUUUAUAAUUAUCGAUUUUACCAAGUGUAUAUUCCAGCUGUAUUUCUGCCGGCAUUGCCAGGGCCAGUAGGCGGGUAAUCUGAUGUUCAUGGUUUUGUGAACAAACUGUUUUAAGUCAAAAAUACGGGUCGCGUCAAGCAAAAACCACCUUUCACCAAACUGAAUAGUCAAUCUACCUGCGUACAUCUCAACGAUAUCACUACAGCAAUGCUCAACGAUUCAAUCUUGUAAUCGACGGGGGAUUAGCGUUCCUCUCGGUGAUGUGUCAUCAACGAUCAAUUGAAUACUCAUCAACAUGUACAUAUAUAAUAAUACAUUUCUCAGUAUAUAACUAUAGCGACAUUUCAUGACAUGUAGCCUCACGGUGGAGGUGUUUGGGGAGUAUGUCGCUACAUUGGAACAAUAUGACUAAAGGUUAUACGUGGUUGGGGCCGGGAAACAUAAAAGCCUAUACCUGGUCAUGGAUGAUGAAGGGUCGACCUACAGUUGUAGCAGUUGUUACGGGUAAUUUCUCCCUGGCCGUUGUUAACCAGAACGGAAGGUCCAUGCUCAGGGCUAGCGAACGAGACAGCCUAGCCCUGACCAUGGAUAAUGAACCAAGCUCAGAGCUGGGCAACGAGACAAUCCAGCUCUGAUCAUGGUCAAAGAGAGAAGAACCAUUGUGAGGGCUGAUUACUAAAACAGCCCAGCCCUGACCAUGGAUAAUGAACCAAGCUCAGAGCUGGACACCGAGACCAUCUGGCUCUGAUCGUGGUCAAAGAGAGAAAAAAAUCCAUUGUGAGGGCUGGUUAACGAGACAGCCCAGCCCUGAUCAUGGAUAUAUAUGAAGAACCAUCGUUUGGGGCAUCUAACAUCUUCGCUGUCAGCUAAACAUUCUAAGCUUUGUAGCCUUUAAACGUUGAUACCAUUUUACAUUGGUAUCCUCCCCAUUGUCACUAACCUUUGGUCAGUGAGCAUCUGUGUUUGGUUUUUUUGAGACUAUUCCCAGUAGAUGUAAGGUCGGUUGUUGCCUGGCGUGUUGUUUCUUUCAUUUUGUUAUUCGCAUAUUGCGAAUUUAUUUCAAAGGAACCCAUAUAUUUUACCCCGUAUUUUCCUCGACUGUGAUGUUACCUUCUGUUGCAAGUGUAGCUAGCAACAUGGGUUAUAGACGCCCACAAGUGGAGGUUUUGUAGGAUGUAGAUGGGUUACCUCCCCUUACACUACGCGACCGCUUCUCAGUGGCAAAUUAUACGUAAGGGCAGGUAACUCGGUAUGUAUGAUUGUGAUUUGACCUACUUUUUUGCCAGACGUGUGGCUGAGUGGGGAUACCGUCAUUAUGCAAUAUUUUACUGUUAUCCAUGACUGAUUAUCAACUACAUCAAUAACAGGUCAACGUAAGCUUUCCAUUUUCAUCGCAUUCAGUUAGAAUAAUAUUCAUUUAUGAGAUCAUUGUUUCAUUUGAGAGAAAUAAAUUUGUAAAUACUAAAUAAAUAAUUUUGCUGUA